GCAGAAAAUCGGCGAAGCUGAACGAUGAGGACGAAGCCAAUCGCUGUGUUCAUGGCAUUUGGUACAAAAGGCGACGUCUAUCCCAUUGCUGCUAUUGCUGCGGCUUUCGCUUCCGAUCAGAAGCACUACGAAGUCGCAUUUGUAACGCAUUCCGCGCACGAGAACAUGAAAGGUCACUUGGGAGCAAAGCAAAUUUCAUACUUCUCAAUUUCUUCACCGCCUGCUUUGUCUUUCUAUCAAAACCAUGAUCAUGGAGACUCUAUUGAUGAGUCUUUUCCACGACAGAAGAAAGAGAUUACAAGAAAACACAGACAAGAAUGUGUUUCAGUUGUUGAAAGGAUAUAUGAAGAGGAUCCAGUAAUGGAUGGCGAUCUUAUCUUCAUAAAUUUCUUUGCCCUGGAAGGCUGGAGUCUUGCCGAACUUUUUCAUGUCCGAUGUGUUGUUGCUGCUCCUUAUGUUGUUCCAUACAGUGCACCCACUUCUUUCGAACGCCAGUUUAGGAAUGAACUUCCUCUUCUGUACAAAUAUCUUCGAGAAGCUCCGACCGGUAAGAUUGGGUGGGAAGAUGUCAUCCACUGGAUGUGGCCACUUUUCACUGAAGAUUGGGGGAAGUGGAGAAGCCUGGAUCUGAAUUUAAGCUUCCUGCCCUUUACGGAUCCUGUAACUGACCUACCAACAUGGCAUGAUAGACCUUCAUCUCCCCUGCUACUCAGAUAUGGAUUUAGUCAAGAAGUUGUUGAAUGCCCUGGUUACUGGCCAUCUGCAGUUCGGGUUUGUGGCUUUUGGUUUCUACCUGCUGAAUGGCAGUUCUCUUGUGCCAGAUGUGCAGAAAUCUCAUCUUUGAUUUCCCAAAGGCAAUUGAAUGAUGGAAAACAUUGGUGUCCAAAUCAUGCAAAAUUGAAGUCUUUCCUGGAUUCUUCAGAAGAUCACCUUAUUUUCAUAAGUCUUAGUUCUGUUGGUAGCAUGGGUUACUUCCAAAGUCCUCAGAUUUUCUUACGGGUCCUUAGAAAUGUUCUAAGUAUUUCAAGUCAUAGAUUCAUUUUGUUCUCGGCUGGCUAUGGACCUUUAGAUACUGCAAUCAAUUUGCUUGCUCAGAGACCACAAUCCGCUUCAGAGCAAGUGCAAUCUAGUGAAAUCCAGAUAAGCCUUUUUGAUGGCCGACUGUUUUGCUUUUCUGGUGAAAUACCAUACAACUUGCUAUUUCCCAAAUGUGCCGCUGUUAUUCAUCACGGUGGAAGUGGGACAACCGCUGCUGCUCUGCGCGCUGGAGUUUCUCAGGUUAUCUGUCCGUUUAUCCUAGAUCAAUUUUAUUGGGCCGAGAGAAUGUUCUGGCUGGGUGUCGCCUCUGAGCCACUCAAUGCUAGUUCCGUGCUCCCAGAUAAAGACGAUGAUAGCUGCAUAUCAGGAGCUGCUAAUGUGCUCGUUCAGGCAAUCAAUAAGGCAUUGUCUCCUCAAGUCAAAUCGCGUGCAAAAGAGAUCGCUGAUAGAAUUUCCACUGAGGAUGGUGUUUCAACAGCUUUGCGGAUAAUCAAAGAAGAAAUUAUCGAUGCAAAAUGAUGCCAACUUUUAACUUCGGCAGUUGAUAUCCGAGGGUUAACGACGGAUCUAGUAAACAUAACUCAGGAGAUAUUGAAGAUGUUGGUGUUAGCUCCAAAGGCUGGAUUUAAUGGAGUUUUCCGACUCUUAAUGGGUCGGUCAGGGAGUCGGUCGACUCCCUGACUCCACUUGGUUGUGUCAUUGUUGAUUACUCGUUUGUUGUUAGGUAUGAAAGUGUGUUAUAUUAUAUAUCCAUGGUGUAUUAUAUGUUUUGAGAUAAAAAGUUAUGUCAAAUUCUGAUCAGUUCUAUAAGGUUUGAGAUCGGAAUAUUAAAUCAAAGAUUUAAUUUUCAUAACUAUCUCAUCCACGUACAAAAUGUGUCAGUCUUAAGUAUGCUCAAAAGAAGUGUUUCAUCAAAACAAGUAAUGUAUACGUAUAAAAUAAUUAAGAAAAAACUAAAAUUCGUGAUUUAAUAUUCUAAUUUCAAAAGUUAUAAGAUCGACUAGAAUGACCGAAUUAAAUGAUUUAAAUGAUUAUUAUCUCUGUUUUAUAAAUAUGUUAGUUUUAAAUAUUUUAAUUAUACCCUUUAAUCAUAACGUAUAUAUAUUUGUUUAAAAAUUUUAUACUAUUCUAAGACCUCUCAAUGAAAUAUAUCUUACACUGCAGUCACAUUAUUCUCUUUACAAAAAAAAAAUUCUCAUUAUUCUAAAUAUAUUAGGUACUAGUACUAUACACAUGAUUUUAUUUGUUGAGAUGGGCCAACAUUUAAGACUGGAUAUGAU